AUUGUAUUUGUAACUUUUAGUUGAAAGACAGUUUUCAGGAUCGUGGUUGACGUUAUGGCAUGGUAAUAUGGUAUCGGUUGUAAUCUAUCCAAACAGAAGAUUUGAUCCAGAGAGUAGAUUUACAAUGUAAAAACACCUGUUUCCACGCAAGGCAAGGCAACCGUGGAGACGAGGUAGCUACAAGGUCGUAGCCUAAUUCUCACCAAAAUGAAUCGUAUUCUACAUCAACAUGAGCACUCUUAUAUGAAGCUACACAUCUGUAUAGAGCAGAAUCCAUUGGAUGACAGAGAUGAGGUGAAGGCUCUGGUAGCGUCUGCAUUGCUUUCACUACACGGACAGGUUGGAGCUUCUCUACGUGUUGAUGUUCUUCAAUGGUUACCUGAUGCCUCGCUUGCUAUCCUCAGGGUGCCACACAGUGGCGUCCAGAAGGUUUGGAGUGCAUUGACUUUGCUCGGCGAAUUCCAUGGGGAGCCCUGUGCAAUCCAAGUUCUGCAGGUGUCUUCAUCCCUCUGCUCCUUGGCCAUCGACCAUUGUGUAGCACCGGAUGGAACGCUACUUCAAGUAACCUAGCUGUUAGCCAAAGACAACAGCAAGCAAUUUGACUGUAAUCAGGACUGGUCCAAGCCCAUCCUGACAUGGGUGUAGCAGUCUAAGCAGGAUAUGGAGCUGUGAUGCGUUGUGCUGCUGAAGUACCGCCACCACCAGUGAUGGGCAGCAUGUAGAACACGGCGCCGUGGCUGGCUGAACACUGCCUGCUACUGCCUGUUCUUGCCAUAGCAUUCUGACCUGUGGAAUUACCGGCACACGCGUUUCUCGUGCAGCGUGGAGCAGAAUUGUGAAAGGGACCCGAUAACCCGAUCUGUUCAUGACGUACAGUUUACGCGUGGAACUGUAGAUCCUCCAUGAAAUGCCGGCGGAAAAGUGAGCCUGAUACAGCAGAGCUGCAGCCCCUACCGUAUUCUUGCCACGCUUGCCUACAGCGUGUAUGAGAUCGUCGCAUGCAUCUCCUUUUCACCCUUCCCAUUGUCGAGUGAUGCAAGUAAGCUACCGAUGUGUGACUGCUGGUCAUGUGCAUUGGCUACUACUACCAGCCAUGGCGUGUCCUGCAGCGCUUGUAUUGAGCUUGUACAAGAGUUUACUCUUCUUGCCGUAGAUGUGGAAGUGGAUGACAUGGGCGUUUUCGGUAUGGUUGUACAUGUGACCUCCAUAUCCGUUGACUACAUGUACGUGUAGUUCUAUUUGAAAUGCUUCAAGCUGCUCCCUUUUUUCUAUUUCUUUUUAAUACGAUUCCACGUCUUUUGCUGUUAAUUUUAAUUUUUAACCUUUAAUAUAAACGAAUCAUCCGUAUACAUGUACUUUGACAUUGCAUGUUUCUGUUUCAUUGUUGACUUUUUCAAGUUGUGUAUGUUUGCCACAGUUUGAACGAUUAGAAUGUUGCUCAUCGACAAGUUGCUUAUUUGUUUGACGAGUUUAGUUGUUUUUCGCCUUCACAGCAGCCAAACUCCUGGUUCUUUAAAAAAAAAUUCCUUUUUCGAGUCACAGUAUUUAAAGCUGGUUUGAAACAGUUUAGGUUUGUUGAAUACGGCUUACUCAUUGACUAAACAUGCUCUGGAGCUAUGGCAUGUGCUUCUUUUGAAGUAUACAUGUACAAUGUAUCUGAGAAUCCAUGAUAACAUA